AUGUCCUCUCAAGUUGCAUCCUUCGACAGGACCAGGCAUUGUAAGCAACCCACCCCAUACAAUGGGACAUGGGUGGCAUACUUCAAGUUGACGCGAAAACACAACUUCCCCACCGGCGUGGAUUUAUUAUUUUGGCCAUGUACGUGGGGUUUGAUCAUGAGUGCCUACGCUUUGCGGCUCUCCUUCCAGUCGCUUGCGAUUCAGCUCAUCACAUACCUGGUUGGCGUGACGCUUCGGCAUAGCACGGCCUGCAUCUGGAAUGACAUGUGUGACACCGAAUUUGACCGGAAAGUCGACGUUUCUAUCCGUGGCGCAAGCAUUCUCCUCGCCGUGCAUUUCAUCACAUGUCUCAUCAUCCUAUCACACAUUGGAGGUGCAGCCUUCAUGUGGGGUUUGUUCUGCCUCUGCGUUUUGGAUCCCUUAUACCCUCUGAUGAAGCGGUGGACUAACUGGCCUCAGUUAGGGCUCGGGCUUGCCAUGACAUGGGGCUUCCCCGUCUCAUGGGUGGCUAAUUUCGGCGAAAUGGAUUGGUAUAUUGUACCAGUUCUAUUCGUAGGUGGUGUCUGCUGGACCGUUCAUUAUGACACCAUCUACGCUUGUCAAGAUCGUCGCGACGACAUCAAAGCGGGUGUCCAGUCUACGGCACUCCUAUUUGGAGAUUGGACUCGCCUCAUACUAUCUUUCUUCUCCGCCUGCUUCGUCGCAUGCCUUGUGCUUGCAGGCAUCAUGAACCAUCAAGGCCCUCUCUUCUUCGCUGGCGUUGCAGGCACCGCAAGCCAUCUAGCUUGGCAGCUUAUCGUGGUCGACCUAGACGACAGCUCAGAUUGUAGCAGGAUCUUCAAGGUAGCAUAUAAUGGUUCAAAUGGUCCAAGGGCUGACAUCCCAUAUUUGUAG